GUGGGCGGGGCCAGCCCCCAGCAGGGAGAGGCGGGACGGAGGGUUCCCUCGCACUGAGCCGGGGAUGGAGCCGCUGAGCCGGAGCCUGGGGGACCGAGCGGGGGAGAACCAGCGGCGGGCUGAGCUUGGGCUGGCCGGGGAGCAACUCAGGCUGCGGCUGCACAAUGCCAAGCUGAUAAAGGACCGGUGCCAGGAUACCCGCACCUACCCCAACUGCCUGGUGGGCAAGGAGCUUGUUGAUUGGCUGGUAGAGCACAGCGAGGCCCCGGAUAGGCCGACGGCUGUGAGCAUCAUGCAGAGACUCAUGGACUACAAUGUGGUGCACCAUGUAUGCGACGAACACGCGGCAUUUAAAGACGCCCGGCUCCUGUAUCGAUUCCGCAACGAUGACGGCACCCUGUCCCCCAGCAAGCAGGUCAAGGUCUGCGUCCGGGGGCAACGCCUCUACGACAUGAUAAGCAGCCAGGAGGAAUCCAUCCUGCAGGUCCGGGAGCAGGGCUCUGAGCGGUACCGUCGGACCUUCCUCGGUCGGCAGAUGUUGGAUUGGCUGCUGGAUCACGGGGAGGUGUCCGACAGGGAGGAAGGGGUUAAGCUGUGCCGGGAGUUGCUGGAAUAUGGCAUCAUACAGCAUGUGUCGGGGCAUCAGCACUUCUCCGACUCAGAGAUGUUGUUCCAGUUCACGAUCAACUUCCGGCGCCGGAGGAAACUGAUCGAGGUCCUGAGUGAUCCGGAUCCCUUUAUGGAUCCCAAGCAGGAAUCUCCCGACAGCCCCUUCUGCCUUCGCAAGCUCAGCGCCGACCUCCCCCAUAACAGCUUCGUCUGCAUUCAGCAUAAUGAGCCAAAGAUUGUUCCUGCACCGCGUAGGUGUGGUUACCAUUCUCCAGUGUCGGGGACUGGCUACACCCACCUUUCACCUUCAGUGACUCUAAAGACACCCCCAUCAGUGCUGAAGAGACCGGUAACGGUGGAGGAGUUGCUGUGCCCGGGGGCGCCCUACGUCAGGAAGAUGUUGAACAUUUUGGGGGACGAUGUCGGUUGGGGGUUUGUGAUCCGAGGGUCUGGCCCCUGCCACAUUCAGGCUGUUGACCCCGGGGGACCGGCGGCUGCUGCUGGCAUGAAGCUCUGUCAGUUCAUAUACGCCGUGAAUGGGACCUGCUGCCUGCGCUACGACUGCCAGACAAUCAACCGACUCAUCGUGGCUGGACCACGGGCCCUUAUCCUUGAGGUUCUGGAGCCGCUCGGCUGAAUUUGCCCUGUCGGGGGUCCGAUAGCCGUCACUGCCCCCUCUCAGUUCCCCUUGCCACAGAAAGAGUUAAUCUCACUGCCUGCUGUGUGCGGGGGGGGGAAAGUGCAAUAAUCUGCCCUUGACACUACAGCACCCCCACGUCUCUAUAUGGGUGCAGCUCUCUGCAGAAUAUGUGGGUGCAGCUCUGCAGAAUAUGUGGGUGCUGACUGUAACGGUAUUUAAACGGCCAGUAUCCAUUUUUACCAAUGAAUUCUUCUUGUGCCAUUUAUGCCAAGUCUGUAGUCCUGGAUCUGGUCUGUAAUGGGGGGGCCUCUGGGUGCUGCUGGAAUAAAGAGAUUUGCUUUUGUA